AUGCAGGUGGCGUUCCUCGCGGCGCUCGUCUUCUUCCAUUCUUCCGAGUUCCUUCUCGCGCUCUGGUCCACCGGCAAACCCGACCUCCGAUCAGUCCACCGUCUUUGUCGCACGGGAGGAACUUCCCUUCACAACGCUGCAAGCAAUGCCCCUCCCCUCCCACAUCUAUCCCGCCAGUGGUGUCUGAGGAUUCUCAAACCGCCUGCGCUUUUGCGCGACGUGCCACAGAUCGGGGCUGAGGAUUCUCAAGAACCACCUGCGCUGUUGUGGAGCCCCGCUGCUCCCGAUAGCCAUGCAGCGUUCCUCGUCUCGCGGGAGAAUCUGCUCGCCAUGGCAGCAACGCUCACUGAAUACGCCCUCGAGACCGCCCUCUUCCCAGCCUUGAAGCGCCGCCUGUGGCCCGUGGCGAGUUCUAUCUGCACCAGUUAUUUUGCCUUGAGCACGUGCGAUACGCUGCCUCGGUGCCUCUGCUCCCAUGCCCCACCCUCCCCUUUACACCCCACACCCCCCCUCUUCUUCCCCUCCCCCAACCCCCCCUUCCCCUCCUCCAAUCCCAGCUAUGAGCACUACGAGGAGUUCUAUAUGCACCUCUUCUUUGGCCUUGAGUACGCACGGUACGCUGCCUCUGUGCCGUCCGGCAUCCCCUUUGUCUCUUGA